CUGUGACGUUUCACAACGAGGAAGCGCUAUUAUUGACCAUUAGCCAGCUGUAGCAGAGGAUCUCAGCUGCUUUCUGCAAUGUUUUACAACACGUCUUUUAUCAUUUUACAGACAACGAGCCGGAAGAAAACAUAAGCCGAUGUAGACGACUCGUUUCCAUCGAUUUAGCAAGUAUUAUUUUCUAGGAAACGGAAGUAAUUUGAUGAUUUGCUCCAAUGAGUCAGAGGAGGGUGAUUGAGACAAUGAAAGUACAUCUACUAUCUAUAUUCCCAAAAUAUAUCUGUUACAUGUCAAAAGAUGAAUGUUAAUAUGUAAAAAUAACCGACGUUAGUUUAUAUUUUUUAAUUGUGUAGCUUGCUAUCAUCAGGCAGUUGUAUUUAGAUCAGUUCAGUUGUAUUGAUAAAGGCUACAUUAGUAAAUGAUGGAGGAAGAGCUCAUGGAUCAGAUCAUGUAUGCUGUACAUCAGCUGGUUUCUUGGAUCGCAUCUUUUGCCAUCAUAUUUGGAGGAGUUGUGCCAUACAUCCCUCAGUACAGAGAUAUUCGCAGGACUCAGAAUGCUGAAGGAUUUUCCACCUAUGUUUGCCUGGUAUUGCUGAUAGCCAACAUAUUAAGAAUACUGUUUAGGUUCGGACGCUAUUUUGAGACCCCGCUGCUUUGGCAAAGUAUAAUCAUGAUCACCACAAUGUUAGUCAUGCUGAAUCUGUGCACCAACGUCCGCAUGGCCACUGAACUCAGCACCAAACGCCGCUCCUUCACAGCAACAGACAGUAAGGAUGAGGAAAUCAAAGUUCCUAAGCGGCUCUUUCUGGACUUUGACUUGAAUUACUUCUGGUCCUGGAGUCGUUUCAUGGAUUACCUGCAGUGUGUUCUGGCCUUCACGCUGUUGGCCACCUAUGUGACGUAUCUGAUGCUGGACUCGGUUCUGUUUGUGGAGUCUCUGGGUUUUCUGGCCGUGUUCACGGAGGCCAUGUUGGGAACUCCACAGCUCUACUGCAACUACCAGAACAAAUCUACCGAAGGCAUGAGCAUUAAGAUGGUGUUGAUGUGGACCAGUGGAGACACUUUCAAGUCCGGAUACUUCCUGUUGACUCAGGCUCCCAUGCAGUUCUGGAUCUGUGGUCUCCUGCAGGUGUGCGUGGACGUCGCCAUCCUCUUCCAAGUGUACUACUACAGUCGAUACCCACAGAAACCCAUCUCGCACACCACACAUACCACCGCCAAGGCCCUUUAAAACACACCCAUUUUAACAAACCUGCACCACGGAUCUAUAUACAGUGGUCUUAAAAGGUAUUUGUGCACAACAACCACGUUUACAAAUGUGUUAUUGCUAACAUUUUUUUUUCUAAGAUAAAUCUUUUUGGUGCCAAAGGGAUUUUUAGUGGAUGUAAAGUCAGUUCAAGCCGUCAUUAAGACGUCAUUUUGCUAUCCAUUGUUGUAUGGUUCAAAACAACAUUAGUUUCUGUGUGACAUAUUUAGCGGUUUUUCUUUCUUAAAAAAAUCCUGGUUUUUGGUUUUCUACUUUGGGGCCACUGUAUAUAGAUAUAACACACACAUAGAUAUAAGCAACUGCUGCAUACACUAAUGUAUACAAGCGGUAUUUGUGAGGAAACACAGUUAUUUUCGCAAACACAAGCACACCAGCCCACAGCAAUUCUAGUCAUGGAUAUUAAAAGUAAAAAGCCUUCGAGAUUCUCAGAAAGACUGGAAAUGUAUCUGACAUUAGAUGAGUGAAUGUACAAAGCUUUUAUUAUGCAAGACUGAUGCAGUUUUACUUGAUUUUAUUGAGAAUAUAUAAGACAGGUUUACCUCAGUAAACUGCUGUUGUGUUUCAAAAGAACAGCACGGGACGCUACCCUGUCAUUUUGAACCAAAAACCAAACCCCUUUACAUUUGUUAGUAAGUAUAGUUAAAAUAGGAGACAAUCCUAACAUCAUCAUAGAAACAUUUGACCCUUCAGAGGCAUUAAAACCUCUAUUAAAACAUUUGUGUUAUAGGGGGUUUAUUUAUAUUUAUGUGCUAUAGUUUUAUCUGAUUUCAAGGCUAAGUGAUUCAUACAUGAACUCUUAACAUCGCUGUAUAGUUCAUGUACGCCAGUCAAGUGGUUGUUAUUGUUGUUGUUUUUUUUGGAAGGAGAUGCUGCUCAUUGAUAGUCUCUUUAAAGAGAGAUUUCCACUCGCAUAUGCCAUUUUAUUCAUUUUGUCAACGCAAGCAUUCCAAAAACACGUAUAGAUGCUUAUAUGUAUGCUUAUACUUGCCACAACUCAGUUCUUCUCAUUUAGAUUAUAAAUACAGGGUUUACUUUUUUUUACUUCUGUUGUUAUUUAUUCUAUUCUAUUUGUUCUGUCUGUUUACUUUACUUGAGUUCACCCCCAAAAAAAUCCUGUCGUCGUUCACUCACUCUCAAGUUAUUUUAAACCUUUAUAAAUGUGUUAAUCUGCUGGAAGAUAUUUUAAACAUCAGUUUUGGAGCACCAUUGACUUCCAUAGUAUUUUUUCUUACUAUGGAAGUCAAUGGUGCACCACCUUCUUGCUUAAAGGGCUAACUUCACUUUCAUAAAAAAAUCCCGAUAAUUUUCUCAGCCCAAUGUCAUCCGAGAUGUUUAUGUCUUUCUUUAUUCAGUCGAAUUUUUUUUUUUGUGGAAAACAUUCCAGGAUUUUUUCCAUAUAGUGGACUUUAGUGAACCUCAACAGUUUCAAUGCAGCUUCAAAGGGCACUAAACAAUCCCAAUCGAGGCAAAAGGGUGUUAUCAAGUGAACAACUGUCAGUUUUGCCUAAAUUCUUUUUAGUUUUAAACCACAACUUCUCGUCUUGCAAUAGCCGUGUGACGCGCCAGCGCGACCUUGCGUGUUUUGUAAUCACGUGUUACAUACAGUAUGUGAAUCACACACUUGCGGACCAUUUUAAACAAUAAACUGACACAAAGACGUUAAGUAGUAUCAUUCCACAUGCAGUAGUUUCACAUACGUCAUGCAUGACUUUUCGACAUGAUUACGUAAUACGUAAGGUCACGCUGGCGUCUCACACGGCUAGUGCAAGACGAAAAGUGCGAUGAGUAGUGUAUACUGUAAGUAGGGCUGCAUAACAACUAAUUGCAACUAAUCCUUAGCAGAAUUAAAGUUUUUGUUUACAUCAUAUAUAUGUGUAAAAUAAUUAUAAUUAUGUAUAUAUAAAUACACGCACAUGCAUGCAUAUAUUUAUAUAUAAAUAUAAAGAAAUAUUUACAUGUGUAUAUACAUUUUUAUAUUUAAAUAUAUAAUUUAUAUUAUACAUAAAUUUGAAUACUUUUAAUACUUUCUUAAAAUUUUACAUGCAUGUGUGUGUAUUUAUAUAUAUAUACAUAAUUAUUGUACACAAUGCACACAUAUAUAUGAUGUAAAAAAACUUUAAUUCUGCUAACGAUUAGUUGCGAUUAGUUAUACUUAUAAACUACUCUUAACACUUUUUGUCUUGCACUAGCCGUGUGAGGCGCCAGCGUGACCUUACGUAUUUCGUAAUUACGUCUAUUUAUGAGUACUUUAUUUUUGCAAAUUUACAAUC